CAAAAGGACGCUAAACACCGACGCGAGACCACCGCGCGCCGCGGAGGCAGCCAGGUAGUGUCACGGGGCAGCCCGAACACCACAACAGCCGCCGCGCAAGGUCGCGCGCCGCCGCACCGGCCGCAACAGUAAGCCAGCCCGAGGCGCCGCGCGCUACACGCGACGCGCCCAUCAAUUAUGGCCGAGGUCGCCAACUCCGCCGCCUUAGUGCUAGCCGCCGACGCGCUCAUGGAGCAGGGCCGCUACAUGGAGGCCGAGCCGGAGCUGCGACAGGCCAUCGAGGCGGACCCGAGCGACGCGUCGGCGUUUCUCGCCUUAGGUAAAUGCUUAGGAGCCACGCAUGACGUGCGCGGGUCGGAAGAUUGCUACCGCCAAGCUCUACAGUUAAAUCCGGACGACCCCGACGCCGGAAACGCUUUGGGGUUACUCCUGUGGCGGGCCCGGGGUGACCUGAAGGGCGCCGAGAGCGCGUUCCGGGCCGUCGUCGCCGCGAAUCCGAAAGUCUCUGCCGCCAAAAUCAACCUGGACCGGUUGAUGCGCAUGAAGCUGCCCUCGAAAGGCUCGUAUAGACAACGCCCUCGACGGUCGCGGAAGAACGCGCCACGACCUUCGACGGCGUCCGACCGGAACCAAAAAAAUAGGUCCAUCUCGUCGCGACGAGCUCUACUGCGGGGCGCCACCGAGCAAGCACCGCUGGAACCGCUCCGACCGGGCAAGCGACCGACGACGUCCACAAAACAACCUGGGCACUGGAGCGGCUUCCGGACGGACGGCUUCCUGCCGGGCGAGAGCGUGGAACUGAACAUGAUGUCCAAUAUUGGUGGAUUAGAUGAAGCCUUACCCAAUCCCAUGAAAGUCCUAGCCAUGCUGCAUCCGGCCUUGCGACCGACGACGGCGUCGUCCUACGACUUCCGGCGGGACCGGUCCGCGUAUUUGCAGUCUAGACAACUCCCAAAGCGCCUGCAGAACGACUUUGUGCACCUCUCGCAAAAAACAGCACCUAGAGACGUACGUACGAGACAGAUGGCGCGACGCGCGAAGACGCCGUCGUCGAUGCUCGGCUCGCUCCCGCAAUACGACAAGUGGAAGCCGUCGGGCUACGUCGACCCCUUCCGGAACUCCUUCGCCCAGCCCUACCGCCGGUCCCACGCCUUCGCCAUGUGGACGGCGCCGCCUGGAGCUACAAGAAGAAGAAGGCCGGGUGCCGACUUUGAUGAUGAUAUGCAUGUUACCGAGAAGAUCGUCGGCUUCCCCGACGGCAAGGAAGGGUGCGAGUUGUUUGCGGUCGGUGAUGAGGAGUCUGUCGCCUAUGAAUUGCGCGAAGAAGGUAAAGCUACGGGCGAGGUCCGCGUCGUUUGUGAUAGUGAAACGACAGAUAUUCCUCCUGAUGUUUAUGAGGCGACGGGCUACGAGAACGUCGGCGAGUUGUCUUGGGACGACAAGGCCGCGCUCGGGGCGCUGCUGGCGUGCAUGCAGCUGGAUGGUGGGGAUGCGUCCGAUCCUCCUCCGCCUUAUGAUGAGGGGGAGGAGUUGUACGAGAUGGGGGAACGACCGGAGGGUCUCGCGGGCCAGGUCAUGGACGAGCUCGACGCCGAGAAGUAAGUUAACAUACAC